AUGCAGCGGGGACUUCCAAUGCAACCCACUGUUGUCCUCCUCAAGGAGGGCACAGACACAUCGCAGGGGACACCGCAGUUGCUAUCAAACAUAUCGGCGUGUUCCGCAAUUGCUGAGACCCUUUCGACGACUCUUGGACCUCGAGGAAUGGACAAAUUAAUCGUGAACGACCGUGGAGAAGCUCAGAUCACAAAUGAUGGUGCUACAAUCCUCAAGUUACUUGAAAUCGUGCAUCCGGCAGCAAGGACGCUUGUCGACAUCGCGCGUGCCCAGGAUGCUGAAGUUGGAGAUGGUACCACUAGUGUCGUACUUCUUGCGACGCAGAUGUUGAAGGAGAUCAGGGGAUACAUUGAAGAGGGUGUUUCGCCUCAUAUCAUAAUGAAGGGUUUCCGAAAGGCGACACAACUAGCUAUCGAUCGUAUUAAAGCGAUACAAGUCACCGUCGAUAGAUCAGAUCCUGAAAAGUUCCGAUCGCUACUCCUCAAAUGCGCAUCUACUUCGAUGUCCUCAAAACUCAUACACUCCGAAAAGCCAUUCUUCUCCAAGAUGGUUGUGGACGCUGUACUGACGCUUGACCAGAGCGAGCUAGAUGAAUCCCUCAUCGGCGUCAAGAAAAUACCUGGUGGCGGGAUGCAGGAUUCUCUCCUCGUCCAAGGAGUCGCAUUCAAAAAGACAUUUACGUACGCAGGGGCCGAGCAACAACCAAAACUCUUCCAAGACCCCUUGAUUCUCUGCCUCAAUGUCGAACUAGAGCUGAAAGCUGAAAAGGAUAACGCGGAGGUCCGGGUUGAAGCCGUAACGGACUAUCAAGCCAUCGUAGAUGCGGAGUGGGAGAUUAUUUACCGAAAGCUCCAAGCUAUCGAAAAGACUGGCGCCAAGGUUGUCCUCAGCAAACUCCCAAUUGGAGAUCUAGCAACACAGUGGUUCGCUGAUCGCGAUAUCUUCUGUGCCGGCCGAGUGCCUGCAGGAGACUUGCGCCGCGUUAUACAGGCUACUGGGGGUGCGAUCCAAUCAACGUGUUCUGAUAUUGGGCGCGAGCACCUGGGCACUUGCGGAGUCUUCGAAGAAAAGCAGAUCGGCGGUGAGAGGUACAACUUGUUCCAGAAAUGCCCGAAAGCGAAGACGUGCACCCUCAUUCUACGCGGAGGAGCUGAGCAAUUCAUUGAAGAGGUCGAGCGUAGUUUGCAUGAUGCUAUCAUGGUGGUUAAGCGAGCUGUUCGCAAUGGUGAUGUAGUUGCAGGCGGAGGCGCAGUUGAAAUGGAUCUUUCUGCUCAUAUUCGCAAAUAUGCCUUGUCUAUACCCGGGAAGCAGCAACUGAUCAUCGCCGCAUUCGCCAAAGCCCUCGAAAUCAUCCCUCGCCAAAUAUGCGAUAACGCCGGCCUCGAUUCAACUGAUAUCCUGAAUAAGCUGCGAAUGAAGCACGCGAACGAUGAGCAAUGGGCCGGGGUAGACGUUGAUGGACCUUCGGGAGUCAGGGACAACAUGGAGGCAUUUGUCUGGGAACCGAGUCUCGUCAAGGUUAACGCGAUCAGCAGUGCCUCGGAGGCCGCAUGCUUGAUUCUGAGCGUGGAUGAGACAGUUCGCAAUCCGCAAAGCGAACAGGCUAAUGCAGGGCCCAAAGCUCCCCCAGGCACGGCCCAGCGCGCGUUGAGGGGAAGAGGACGGGGGAUGCCUCGACGAUAG